CAGCGCCUGCGCGGUGGGCGUGAUCCGGGCACUUAGGGCAGGAUGAACGCUGCUUUUCAAGAUGGCGACGGAGGGAGGAGGGAAGGAGAUGAACGAGAUUAAGACCCAAUUCACCACCCGGGAAGGUCUGUACAAGCUGCUGCCGCACUCAGAGUACAGCCGGCCCAACCGGGUGCCCUUCAACUCGCAGGGAUCCAACCCUGUCCGCGUCUCCUUCGUAAACCUCAACGACCAGUCUGGCAACGGCGACCGCCUCUGCUUCAAUGUGGGCCGGGAGCUCUACUUCUAUAUCUACAAGGGGGUCCGCAAGGCUGCUGACUUGAGUAAACCAAUAGAUAAAAGGAUAUACAAAGGAACACAGCCUACUUGUCAUGACUUCAACCACCUAACAGCCACAGCAGAAAGUGUCUCUCUCCUAGUGGGCUUUUCCGCAGGCCAAGUCCAGCUUAUAGACCCAAUCAAAAAAGAAACUAGCAAACUAUUUAAUGAGGAAACCUCUUGUCAGCACUUGUGGAAGGUGGAUUGGAAUGAAGAGAAUGAAGGUAGCAAGACCAGUGAGAAGGCUCUGGUAACUGUCCAGAGACUAAUAGACAAGUCACGAGUAACCUGUGUCAAAUGGGUCCCCGGUUCGGAAAGCCUUUUUCUAGUAGCCCAUUCAAGUGGGAACAUGUACUUGUAUAAUGUGGAGCACACUUGUGGCACCACAGCCCCCCACUACCAGCUUCUGAAGCAGGGAGAGAGCUUUGCCGUGCACACUUGCAAGAGCAAAUCCACGAGGAACCCUCUCCUUAAGUGGACGGUGGGCGAGGGGGCCCUCAACGAGUUUGCUUUCUCCCCAGAUGGCAAGUUCUUGGCGUGCGUGAGCCAGGACGGGUUUCUGCGGGUGUUCAACUUUGACUCGGUGGAGCUGCAUGGCACGAUGAAAAGCUACUUUGGAGGCUUGCUGUGUGUGUGCUGGAGCCCGGACGGCAAGUACAUUGUGACAGGUGGAGAGGACGACCUGGUAACAGUCUGGUCCUUUGCAGACUGCCGAGUGAUAGCUAGAGGCCAUGGGCACAAAUCCUGGGUCAGUGUUGUGGCGUUUGACCCCUAUACCACUAGUGUAGAAGAGAGCGACCCUGUGGAGUUCAGCGGCAGUGACGAGGACUUCCAGGACCUUCUUCACUUUGGCAGAGAUCGAGCGAACAGUACACAGUCCAGGCUGUCCAAACGGAACUCUACAGAGAGCCGCCCUGUCAGUGUUACAUAUCGGUUUGGCUCGGUGGGUCAGGACACGCAGCUCUGCUUAUGGGACCUUACAGAAGACAUCCUCUUCCCUCACCAACCCCUCUCGAGAGCAAGGACACACACAAAUGUCAUGAACGCCACGAGUCCUCCGGCCGGAAGCACUGGGAACAGUGUCACAACGCCCGGCAACUCUGCGCCCCCUCCUCUGCCACGGUCCAACAGUCUCCCACAUUCCGCCGUCUCAAAUGCCGGCAGCAAAAGCAGCGUCGCGGAUGGGGCCAUUGCUUCUGGGGUCAGCAAAUUCGCAACACUCUCACUACAUGACCGGAAGGACAGGCACCAUGAGAAAGACCACAAGCGAAACCAUAGCAUGGGACACAUUUCUAGCAAGAGCAGUGACAAACUGAACCUAGUUACUAAAACCAAAACGGACCCAGCUAAAACUUUGGGGACACCCCUGUGUCCUCGAAUGGAAGACGUCCCCUUGUUAGAACCGCUCAUCUGUAAAAAGAUAGCACAUGAACGGCUGACUGUGUUAAUUUUUCUUGAAGACUGUAUAGUCACUGCUUGUCAGGAGGGAUUUGUUUGCACAUGGGGAAGGCCUGGUAAAGUGCCAGCAGAGCACUUCUCCUGCAGUCAGGAGGACAGAAUGCAAGGUGUUCUCCAAGACCAGGACUAAAGUUGCCGGCAGCUUGAGAAGAGGGCACUGGAGAGGGGCGGGCGGGCUCUUCGCCUCCUCCCGCCGAUUGGCUUCUGACCAGUGGCUCCUGCAGACCUGGGAUGGGGGGGAGGUGGGGAGCCUCAGGGGGCCCUGAAUUCAGCUGUGUGAGGCACGGUGCCACCGAGGGACAUCAGGGGAGCGUUUUUAUAGUUUUCUCACCAAACUUUGAGCUUCCUCAUUGAAAUUUUUUGAAGUUUUUCAGCUUAAACAUUAUCCUGAGCAAGAAUAUCUUUUCUAACCUAACUUCUGGAAUAAAACAGCUGUUGGCAGGAGGAGGCAGUUACUACUCGGUCAGCACAACUUUUCUGUCAUGCACUGAAGUGCAUUGAUGAAAAGCACAGACAGAAAUAAAGUACAAACGUGGUGGCACUCAAGUCCCACUCCCUCCCAGCGAGAGCACCUUGGCCUGUGGCCUGCGUGCAGCGACGGACGCCCUCAGAAGGCACAGCCAAGCACUGACGGUCCUCUCUGCCUGCCCUGCUCUGGCUUGCCUCUCUUAAACCUUCCGGGAAGUCCGGAAGCCGGGAUUGUGCUGUGACUUUGGUGAGCAGCUUCUCGGCGCGCUGCCCCGCUCCAGUCCUACUCUGAGCCCUCCUCUUACUUGGGCAGGGGAAUUAACAGUCCCCCAGAGGGCUGGAGAAGAAGCCUUUGGAAAACCUUGCCUUUGCAAAAGCAAAUGUGUAAGAGGGAGUAGGCAGACUCUUUAAAAAUAACCAGUAACUUUGGGUUCUAAAUUUACUUAAACAGUGGUAAAGAAUCUUAAUUUUGGUUUUUGUGCUGAUUGAACCUUCCAGCAUUUUUGAAGUGUUCUCUGAGCCAUUGGCUUGGGACUAGGGAUAAAUGCCUUAUGAUAGAGAAAUGGAGGAGUGGAGGAUAAACAGAAAUAAGCUAUAACAAAAAUUAUUGUCUCAGACAUUCAGAAACUAUGAAGAACAAAAUGUGGUGAAACUUUACCAGUUUUUAUGGGUGUGUACACAUGUCCCAGGUGGGACUCAAUAUUCUGCUCCACUGUUUGCCUUAACACCCACAUCCUGGCUGGCCGAUAGCCAGGCAGCCACUUCUCGAUUCCUCCACUUCCUGUGGUGCAUCUUGAAUUUUUAAGAUAUGGUCAAGUAUUGAAUUUGUGCUGACGUUGGUGAAGCUGUUUUACCUGAUGUCUGCACCUGUGUACAAGGUUCUCGCCACCUCUUGCCCGGGAGGGAGAUGUUUGAUUUCUUUGUUGAGGAAGCUCAAAGUGUGAGGGGGAAAAGCCAGAGGGGCGGCGGCGGUGGGGCAGGGGGGCUGAAGGGGGAAUCCUUGGGAAACCCGAACGCCACGUUUGGUGUGUCUGCCCGUCUGAGGAAGAACUAGAAGCGGAGUCCGACUGUGGCUUUUGCAGGGCAGAUGCGCAGAGCGCAGCAUCCCAUCUGGUGCGUGAGGGCCUGGCGCAGGGCACCCGCCGCCCGCGUGGGUGCGCGAGGAGAAGCGUCUGGCCUCUGAUCGACUGUCCCGUUGUCCGUUGUUCUGGGCGUGUCCACUGAUGGCUUUCCUUCUGCAGCUGGGAGCCUCUGCAUGCGUUGUAGGCCUGAAAAGGAACCCGGAGAUGCUCCCGUCCUGGGAGCACGGCGGGGAGCAAUCGGCAAGACCCUCUCCUUGUCCGGAGCCUGCCCGUCACAUGGGGCUGCUCGGGACUGUCCUCUGUUCAGGUCACCGGGGGCUCAGCUCCACGACCCCAGUGAUGGCCAACAGGAGCAGACAGCAGUCUGGGGAAAGUGAAGCCCAGGGCUCACAGUGGAAAAGCACUUGUAUUGAGCUGUUACCCUUGAAACCCAAAGCGCAAGUUCAAAGCUGUAUGAAAUGCCCCUCCAGGGGAGGGAACUGUCCCACUGGUGGUCACUCUUUAUUCAUUGCUGCAUCUGUUACAUGAACUUCGUGUCAUAGUUAAAUUGCUGUCUCAAAAGUAUAACAAAAAUUUUCUGCGUUUUUAAUUUCUGUAUUCCUAAGUUUAUUAAAGGUUGCUAUAUUAGGUGACACUGUAUAAAAUUGUAUGAAUAUUUACCUUUAGUGAAAAUCAAAAGUAAAAUUCAUAUGUAUUUCCUUUUUUACAUUUUCAGCUAAUUUCUUGAUAACUUGAAUAAAUUUCAAAAGAGCCUUCCUAACAUGAAAUGUUGGUAAAUUAAGUUCUUAACUGUUGCAAUAAUUAUGGGAGCUUUAAUAGCAGGAUUGUUACUUUAUAAUUUUAAGAAAAUCAUAUUUCUGUUUCACUGCCUUGGUUUUUAGUUGUUCCCUCGUCACUGUCACAGCCAGAGACUUACUACACACCUGAUAUUGAAGUACUUUGGGGCUGUCCUCUGUAUACUGACAUUAAAUAAACAUGUGUGAAUGAAUUGUAAAUGUAGAUAAUUUUCAAUCUCAGCUUUAAAAAAUCUCAGUGAACUAAAAAAGAAAAGCUUUUAAAUGCUGUACAAUUAAGGGCCUCGUUAUUGUUUAUAGAACAGAUAGCCACAGGAAUUGCUACCUCUUAUUACCGAUUCUGAGUUUCUCCUAAUUAGAAAUCUACUAAAUGUGAUGUCUGUUCUGAGUAUCAAAGGUAUUAAUUGUUUUCGGUGUGGAGAAGGGCUGCUGACUGACAGUGCAGCGAGCUGUGUAAAGGUUCUGUUUAACGAGAAUGCUGACAUUCUGAAGUUGUCCUGGGCUGGGUGCUGGCUUUGGUGAGCACAGACUCAGUAUCCUGGCUGCUGGGCAUCCAGCAUCCUGUCCAGCCACCAGCCAGCAGCUGGGAGAGUGGAGGAGAAGCUGGCAGGCUGCUAUAGGAGCUCUUUUCCUGGGGAGAUUCAUUGUUUUCCUAGUCAUAAUCUUAAACAGUUUGCUUGAGGCUUUGCAAUUGCUCUUGAGGUUGUCCUGCCUUAGACACCAGGCCCUCGGGCUCCAGGGCAGAAAGGUCAGUGGGAGACAGUCCGUUUAGGGUGGGAAGAGUUAGUGAUUUAUAUUGUCCUACAGCUGCAUCCCGGAGUGCUUCAAGGCAAGAAUUCCGGGCCUAGACCUCAGACCCCGCAGAGGCCUCAUGUGAGGGUAAACGUGAGCUGGCCCAGGGAGAGCCCCUUGUCAGGCCCUGCUGCCCCCAGUUAACUGUCAUCUCCGUGCUGUUUUGUGAGACAUGUGGGCCUGGAGCCUGGGGCUAGCAAGGCCUCUGGAAGCUGCCUCCUGGCUGUCUCUCCUUGGUGGUCGGCCUGCCACACAACCAUCUCCGGAGGGUGGUCUCCAGACCGCCCCCCGACCGUGCUGUCCUGAUCCUCCGGGGCUGAGGCGGGUGCGAUCUUGCUUUCGGCUCGGAGCUGCCAAAGCGGAAAAGACAGUCAGAUGUUCUGCCCUCAGUGACCUGCUGCCUCAGGAGCAGUACAUGCUUUUUCCUCAGUAUUGAGUAGAUUUUAAGCCCCACCCCAGGUGGACAGCAGGUUUAAAACAAACACAAUAUUUUCCUCUUUUAAAAAUAGCUAGUCACUCUUGGAAAAUAGUUCAGUCUUCCACGUGUGGCUGUCUGUGGAAAGAAACAGUCGCUUUUGGACCAGUGGGUCUCUUGAAAGGGACAGAACGUUUAGGGACACUCGGCCCCCACCUUGAGUGUUGGUGGUCUCUAAAUGAGCCUUUUGUUUUGAGUGGGGCUAAUGUGGGUAAAAUCCUCCGCCAGUGGCUCAUGCUGGAAAGAGGGGUCCCCUCCUCCUGUCGCACAGAGCAGGGGGCAGAUCUCAGAGCCGCAGUCGGUCACCCGGAAGUGAGAGGGCCUGAAGGUGCGGGCGGGCGCUUCUUUCCGUGCACGGUUCUCAGAGGAGCCCUCACCUGGUUGUGCCCUAAGAAGUCUUGAUCCCAGAUACCUGAAAAGAGCAUGAUGGUUUUCUCUGGGUGGCUUUUCUCUUUAGAGACCAGGUUGAGUGGCCUCAUUGGGGAAGUGAGCCACCUUCAGUGUGACCUGUCAUUGGGCAGGUCGAGGCUGGCAAAGGGACAUGGUCAGCUGCCCAGCAGGAGCCACGGUCCUAGGUCCAGGACCUGGGGCAGGGAGGAGUGCAGAUGCUCAGGGAAUGGCCCCAGGGAAGCUCCCGUGGAGUGGGCACUCUCCCCUCCAAGCCCACAUUUAGGGACCGAGGCUGUGAUCCACCCACUUUGUAAACCUCAUUUCAUCUGGGGACUUGGGCGUCACGUGCCUUAGAGUGAAAUGGUGGCUGCUCUGGCCGGGGUUUCUUUGGUUCUCUGUGCAGUGCUCUGGGUAGUGCGAGUAAUGGGAUUCUCAUGGAUGGAAGUGUAUCCAGAGCGAGCAGUGUUCCUGGAGCAAGUUACCCUGGUGGUACUUCUCAUCGUUUUCGUAGCAUCUCUAAAAGGGCAUCACUUUACAAAAAAUAUUUACCUCUUCAUUUCAGACUGGGAUAGAGAGUGCUGGGAGCACCUGGCGUGGAGCCUCGGACUAGAGCCUCAGGGUAACUGUGCUGGGGAAGGUGCUGGGCCCCAGAGGCCCACCUUCCAUGGGAGGCCGAUCCAGGGGACCUCUGCAGCCCUCACCCCUCGCAGCCAGCGCUGAGCUCCUCUCAGGGCACUUUUCUGCAUGACCUCGAGAGAGAAGCUGUGGUCGUCUGCAGUAAAACCUGUCCCGGGGUGGUGUGCUUGUCAUUUUUGUUUGGGGUGGGGAGGGUGACAUUGAGAGAGUCAAAUGACCAGGCUUUAAAUAACGCCAGGGGGAUGACUCUGUGAAUUCGCAUGCAGCCCAAACUUGCUGACCUCAUCCUACAACUACCCCCUGGAGGUCCUGAGGUCUCCAGCAUUUACAGGCCAGUCAGAGGUGGCUGGGGUCAGAUGGGGAGGCUGGCAGUGGGCCCGCCAGGACUUCAGGACAGGCCUUUCUUGGAAGUGGGGCUCUGUGACCACCCCUCCCCCCGUGUCUUUUCUUGCUGUCAGAAGCUGUGAUCUCAGUAGCAGCCACCAGCACAGACAUGUUCCUUUGUUGUAAAUUAUUUUUUAACCAAAAUUAUUUUGCCGGUACAUUCUUGUGAAACAAGCCUUAAUUCUAUUAGCUUAGUAUUAUAAUCAAACCCAAACUAAGAGCUGGAGUAUUUCAUCACUUAAUUUUCAAAUGAAAUUUCCAGCAGGAAUGAAAUGGCAACUCUGGUGGGAACAGAACGGCUUAUUAGAUAUUAGAUUCAAGAAUUGUCACUGUUCCUGUAAUGGGCUUCCUCCCUGGGGGGCUAAUAAGACAUUAUGCAGAUUCUCUGCUGAAGACGUCUUUUGCUUGAUAGAUACGUGGAAAGCUCUAGUCGCCAGCUGCCCGCUGUCUGGGGGACAGAGCAGCAGUUCCCGCGCUGCUGGGCGCGACUGCGAACAGCAAGGUCGUCUCGUCGGGUCUUCUCCAUGGACCGGGAAGAGUGAGCAAGGAGGAUGCCGUAAAACAGCGUGCCCGCCCUCAGGCGCCGGCCGGCCGGCUGGGGUAGCUCGGCCUGUGGGCUUGACGCGGCUGGCAGGGUUUAUUGUCAUCCCAAAACCAGGCCAAUUCUCCAGGUGGAACUGUAGUGUAGCGACCCCUCUACUGCUCGAAAAUUCUCACCCCGACACGGUCUUGAGGGAGUGACGACAACGGAGCCAUGAGCUGCGCUUCAGCCACGAGCGUCAGACACUCGCGGGAGGCAGGUGUCAGCCGGAGCCGUGUGCGCAUGAGCACCGCGGCGCGGGGGCUCGCUGGGCACGGCGUCCUCCUCCGCUCACCCAAAGAAGUUGUCUCCAUUUUUAAAUCAUUCUUUUGGGGCUGCAGUAAAAAAUAAGAAAUGAGAUUUUUCUUGCUUUUUACUCUACGACUUAAUGUAAUUAAAAUCUCAUAUAUAUAUAUAUAGAUAGAUAGAUAGAUAUGUAAAUGUGUGUGUGUAAAAAACAUAUAUAUAGUGUAAAAUAAAAUAUUUCUUGGACAAGAAAUUCCCUUAAAUUCAACUGUUAUAAAUAGUACUUCACUCUGUCUGUUUUUGCACUGGUUUUUUAGACCUUAGGUCAGAAGACCACCUAGAAUGCACUCAUAAAGAAAGUUGUUACUUUCUGACCUAAACAUGUAAUUCAGAAAGACAGAUGCUGCAAUCAUAGAUUUUUAAAAGUUGUUUGCACUUAAAAUAGUUUAAUGCUGUUAGAAAAUUACUUUGAAUAUGGGUAUAAUGGUCCUCCAAGGUGUGGAGUGAAGAUGCCCUUUUUAAUCUGUUAACAUUUAUUUUAAUACUGUUGUUUCCAAUGCAGUCAACUCUGUAUUAUAUGUAUAAAUAAUGUAAUUCUGCUAUUGGGGGAAAUGGUUACUUCACUAGUAAUUUUCAUCAAUUAAGAGUGAUAUUUCUAAUUCACAAAGAAAAUAUUAAAACUAUCUUGAAUAUA